AAAAAUUAUAUAAAUUCAUAAAUUUAAGCCGGCUUUCUUCCAAAAAAAAUUAAAUUAAGCCUUCAUCAUUCCCUAAUAAAGAAACCUGAGUGAGUGAGUCACCACACCGUUAUCUCUCCUCCUCCUUCACAAAGCCUCCGUGAUGGGUGCUAAUGAUGAUGAUCCACGAAAGCAUAGAAUCCUGAUGGUUUCAGAUUUUUUCUAUCCCAACUUUGGUGGUGUCGAAAAUCACAUUUAUUAUCUCUCACAAUGUUUACUCAAUCUAGGCCACAAGGUGGUGGUUGCAACUCAUGCUUAUGGAAAUCGAUCUGGGGUCAGAUAUAUGACUGGUGGUCUGAAAGUAUACUAUGUUCCAUGGAGACCAUUUGUUAUGCAGAAUACAUUUCCGACCAUCUAUGGGUUAUUACCAAUUAUAAGAACUAUUCUCAUUCGAGAAAGAAUUACAGUGGUGCAUGGACACCAAGCCUUUUCUACGUUUUGUCAUGAAGCUCUUAUGCAUGCAAGAACCAUGGGAUACAAGGUUGUUUUUACAGAUCAUUCGCUGUAUGGUUUUGCUGAUGUUGGAAGCAUUCACAUGAACAAGGUGUUGCAGUUUACCUUGGCAGAUGUGACUCAAGCCAUAUGUGUUUCUCAUACAAGCAAGGAAAACACGGUGUUACGGUCAGGUUUGCCACCAGAGAAAGUUUUUGUAAUACCUAAUGCCGUUGAUACUUCCAUGUUCACACCAGCAGUGGAUCGUCCAAAAAGAUCGGAACAAAUUGUUAUUGUUGUUAUCAGUCGAUUGGUUUAUCGGAAGGGAGUAGAUUUGCUUGUCGAAGUCAUCCCAGAAGUAUGCCGGAUACAUCCCAAUGUUCGUUUUAUUGUUGGAGGUGAUGGAGCUAAGCGUGUGCGGUUGGAAGAGAUGAGAGAAAAGCAUUCAUUACAAGACCGAGUUGAAAUGUUGGGAGCUGUGCCACAUGCACAAGUCCGAUCUGUUCUGAUACGUGGGCAUAUCUUUUUAAAUAGUUCCUUAACAGAAGCUUUUUGCAUAGCUAUAUUAGAGGCUGCUAGUUGUGGAUUGUUAACAGUCAGCACACGUGUUGGUGGAGUUCCUGAGGUUUUGCCAGAUGACAUGGUUGUUUUAGCAGAACCCGAUCCCAGUGAUAUGGUGUAUGCAAUAAAAAAGGCCAUAUAUAUGCUGCCAAAAAUUGAUCCACAGGAUAUGCAUAAUCGAAUGAGGGAGCUCUACGAUUGGAACGAUGUUGCCAAAAGGACUGAAAUUGUGUAUGACCGUGCUUUGAAGUGUUCCAAUCAAAAGCUACUAGAGCGUCUCUCACGAUACCUCUGUUGUGGAGCGUGGGCAGGCAAGCUAUUUUGCUUGGUCAUGAUUGUUGGUUAUUUGUUUUGGCAGCUACUGGAACUAUGGCAGAUGAUAUUGAGGAGGUGCCGGAUUUCACUCUUCCGCAAAACUGUGAUGAAGAGAUUUUGGAAAAUACACAAUGAUACCAAUGGCGUCUUUUGGUGUACCACGGAGUUCUGUUUUGCUCACUAAUAUGAAUUGCAGAAGAAUACUGAUAGUGUUGUACUAGUAGGUAGGUGCAUUCCAUCCCAGUUCCCAGAUCUUGUAAAAGGAGAUAAACAUUAGUCCCUUGUGUGGUUGGUCUUGGCGCAUAUAGAGAACCAUGAUAGGCUAUGUUGGUGUUAAUUUCAAUGUUUUUAGCAUUACUUUGUUGAACUUGGUAGUCGAACACAUUUAGUCUGUAAUUGUAAAUAAAGGUUCUGAAUAUUUUUUUGUACAAGAGCAUCAUGCUCUGUAGAAGCAAAGCAAUUCUAGGAUGAUAAUACUAUUGCAUUACCCAAA